AUGGCCCUCACGGCGGGCCCUCUCAACUGGGCUGUGGAGCAGCCGAAGUACAGAGCCUGGCUCCCCCUCCAUCCUGGGAGAAAGAAACUACAAAGAGAGGAAAAGAAUUUGACCUUUAUGGAGCUCACAAUCCACUGGAGAGAUGGCUCAGACACCAGUGGAGGAGCCAAUAGAACAAACUCAGUCCACCACGAACUCUUUUUAAAAUGUAUUGUGUAUAGGAAUGACACCCCUCAUAGAAGAAUCCCAGGAUUUUCUCUUCUGUGUGUUUCUGUUUCACUUCCUUGCAGCCAUGAUACUAGCUGA